AUCUCAAUUUAAAAAAGCUAAAAGGAAAUUUGCCUUUGAUUUUCUCUAAUCGUCGUCAACUGAAAGACACAAGGACUUCAGCAGUGGUAAAUCUAGAAUUUCAAUUAAUGAGUUCAACUCUUUAAGUGAUUAAAAAUAAUGGGUUCAUAAUUAUUAUUUAUUAUAUCUUUUAUGAUUUCUUUCUUACACACACAUAAGUGCUAGUGUUAACUUGAACUAAUUAUUUUUGUUAAGCACGCUCUCUCUCUCUGUAUAUAUAUAUGCUUGAUAAAAAAGAGAAAAGAGUUUAUACAUAUGCUCGAUAAAAAAAGAAAAAAGUUUCGUCAUAAGGUCAUGAGUCUUUUGCGAAAAUGCCACACAUAAAAUAGAUGCAAAUGUAGGAGGUAACUUUAUGCAUAAUAUAUAUAGGACACUUUGAUGUACAAAACUAUUGCUCUAGUUGUUAAUUGAACAAUCAAAUCCUUGGGAACAAUUAUUGCUUAGUUGAUUGACUAUCUCAAAUUUCACUUAUAAACAAUGAACAACAUCCAAAUCCUUGUUAUGUAUAUAUUUUGGAGUUCCUACUUUUCAGGAAUUAAAGGAAGAAUACAUGUACUAGCAAGCAAGAAAAAUGAAUUGUCUUCCGUAAGUCAUGGAAAUAUUUUUUGGACUAAUUGGGAUCCACUUGGGAUAACACAAAUUCUUCUUUCUUCCAAUUUUUCAUCUACCUCCAUCUUUCUUCUAACUUUUUAAUUAGCUGCAAAAACUAAUCAAUUUUUCUUAAAUCUAUUUGAAUAAAAUAAAUAUUCCUCCACUCUGUAAAUGGUCAAAUCCUUCUACAUGUCUCUACUACUCCAAGAAUAUUCUUUCACUGGUAAUAUUCACAAUUACUCAAUCCCUUAUACAUUCCAAAAAUGAUUAAUUAGAUCAUCCACGUUUCCUCCUUUAUCUUCUUGUACAUUGUUUUCAAUUAUAAGAAUUAAGUACCUCAUGACUUGUACAAAUAAUUGUAUUAUUUGACAUUGACACCUCCAGAUUGUCUUAGAAUUAAAGAAAAUUACAGAAGAGGUAAAUCAAAGUAAAUAUUAAAUACAGGUGAUUCUAUAUAUUGUUAAAAUCCUUACAUUUCAUGCAUCUCUUAGAGAUAAAAAAAUUGGACGCCUUUGAGGUCUUCAUGAAUUAAGGAAACCCAAACUUCUUUUAGGUUAAAAUAUUAAUUAAUUAGCUAGAAUCUGUCUGUCUAAUUCUAGUGAGUAAGCAUGUAAGUUCUUUGCUUCCAUCUCUGCUAUAUAUAUUUCCUCUUCUUCUUCCUCUUUGCUACUAGUAUUUUUUUCGUUUUCUUUUCUUUUCUUUCGAGUCGAGUCUAUCAGAAACAACCUUUUUACCCCGACAAAAAGUAGGGGGUAAGGUGCACUGCAUACAGGCAUCCUACAUAUCUUCCCUAGAUCCCACUCGUUGAUUGCACCAGGUACGUUGUUGUAGUAGUAUUUUUUUCGUAGAGUUUCAUGAAAAUGAAGAAUGAACAAGAUCAAUUCACUACUACAAAACUAUUUAGUCUUUCUCAAACGUACCUUCAUAAUGUUGUUGUCUAUUUUAUUAUCUUUGGGUCUGGUCUAAUAAUUGGUAUAUCAGUAAGUUUUUUCCUCGAAGAUAUUCCUAACACUAUACAAAACAAAUUAUUUUUCACCCUAACCCAACCACCCCCACCCCCACCUCCUACACCAAUACUCCCACCACCACCACCACCGCCACAACCUCAACAACAAAUACCUUUAGUCUUAAACAAUGAGACCAAAAUUUUACCUAGGAAAAUAGGGUUAAGAGAGUAUAUCAAAGCACCAGAAUCAUGUAAACAUGAUAUGAAAGAUGAAGAGUUGAUUUGGAGGGCUUCGAUGGUGCCACGUGUAAGGGAUUUUCCAUUUAAGAGAAGGCCAAAAAUUGCUUUUAUGUUUCUUACAAGAGGAAGUUUGCCAUUGGCUCCAUUAUGGGAAAGAUUUUUUGAAGGACAUGAAGGGUCUUAUUCUAUUUAUGUUCAUUCUCAGCCAUCUUUUAAUGCUACUGCUCCAGAAGGAGGACCUAUUUUUCAGGGCAGAAGAGUUCCAAGUAAGCAAGUAGAAUGGGGAAAAUUUAACAUGGUAGAAGCGGAACGACGAUUACUAGCGAACGCUUUACUAGACUUAUCAAACGAGCGCUUUGUGCUCCUUUCGGAAUCAUGCAUUCCUCUAUACAACUUCACAACCAUCUACAACUACAUCAUGAACUCUGCGAAUACCUUCACGGAGUCUUACGACUUAUUGGGGCCGGUGGGACGCGGGCGUUACAACAAGAGAAUGAAGCCAUGGGUCACCCUCGGCCAAUGGCGAAAAGGGUCCCAAUGGUUCGAGGUUGAUCGCGAGAUCGCCAUCGACAUAAUAUCGGAUCAAAAAUAUUCUAAUUUGUUCAAGAGAUAUUGCAAGCCUGCAUGUUACUCGGACGAGCAUUAUUUGCCAACAUUUGUGGCAAUGAAAUAUUGGUGGAAAAAUGAAAAUAGAACAUUGACAUGGGUUGAUUGGGCCAAAGGUGGACCUCAUCCAACAAAGUUUAUUAGGCCAGAUGUGACAGAAGAUUUGCUUAAUAUGAUGAGAAAUGGGACCAAAUGUGAGUAUAAUGGUAGGCCUAGUAAAAUGUGUUACAUGUUUGCUAGGAAGUUUUUGCCUGGCACUUUGGAUAGGCUUUUGAGGUUUGCUCCUAAAGUGAUGAAAUUCGGCUGAAUACUCUCUUUUUUUUUUUAAAUCUCUCCGUUCAUUUUUAUUUAUUGGAUUUUAUUUCUCGAGUAUCUAACAACAUACACUUUGCCUAAAUUGAUAUUUGUGUUUUAAUCAAAUCAACUCUUGUGAAGUGAAACUUGAAAAAUAAGUG